GCCAAAUAGCCACCUCACCUCUGCUGAGAUUUUGCCUCCACGUCUGCAUUCUCGGCUUUGUCCAUCGCAGGCGAUUCAAACUUUUCAGUUCCAGGAGCGGAUCUUCUUGGGACUGGAGACGAUGGGUGUGUGGCCUGGAGUCUUGGCUCUGUCUCUGGUGCUGCAACAGCUGUCGAUCACUGCUACAGCUCAAGGCAUUGUGUAUGACCUUCUGGUGUCGCCGGACUGCCUGCCAGACUUGCUCCAAGGAAGCUUGAAGAAUCAAGGGCGGGACGAGGCCUUCCUGCUGUCCUCCUUCAAACUCCAAAACAAGGCCCCCACAUCCCUUUACAGCGUCAUUAACCCCAAAGACAACAGCAAGUACCUGGAGCUCAACGUGCAGGCCAAGCUGAGCAAAGUCACUCUGAGGUACCAGAAGGCCGACGGCAGAUACGGCACAACCAGUUUUAACCACGCCUCCCUGGCCGAUGGCAACGACCACCACGUGCUGCUGCACGCAAGCGGUCUGCAACGCGGCCCCGCUCGCCUCAACAUCUAUGUGGACUGCAGGCUGGUGCACACUCUGGAUGACCUGCCAGCUGCCUUCGGGUCCAUCCCACGCGGUCCGAACUCGGUUGCACUUCGGACGCUGCAGGGUGGCGUGACCGACAUGAAACUGGUGCUCGACGACACCAUAGACAACGUGGCGACACUGCAGGACUGCACCCUGGAUCAGAGUGAACCUCUGAAGCUGCUGAGUUUCCAGGCAGGCAGAGGCGUUCAGGAGCAGACCACAAUGCAGGAAUUAAGAAGCAUGCUGGCCGAGAUGAAGGAGAUGCUCAAUCAGCAGAUAAAAGAGACCAACUUUCUGAGGAACACCAUCACAGAGUGUCUUCCUUGUGGUCUGGGUGGAAGUCCAACCAACCCAGGACCACCUCCGGGCCCAGGCCAGUACGUAAUGCCUCCUUCCUGUCCACCUGGAACGUGUUUCCGACAGGACAUGUGCAUUCCCUCUUUAACGGGAGGAUACCAGUGUGCUCCCUGUCCUGAUGGAUAUGGUGGAGACGGGGUUCACUGUGAUGACAUUGACGAGUGCCAAUUCAAUCCAUGCUUUCCUGGUGUAAGGUGUGAGAACACUGCACCCGGGUUCCGGUGUGGCAAAUGUCCUUUGGGAUACGAUGGACCACAAAUAAACGGAGUUGGAGUGUCAUAUGCUCAAUCAAACAAACAGGUGUGCGAGGAUAUAGAUGAGUGCUUGAGCCCGCCUGACAACGGAGGUUGCACUGCCAACUCCCAUUGCUACAACACUAUAGGCUCCUUCCGCUGUGGAGACUGCAAAAAUGGCUUCAGAGGGGACCAGGCGAGCGGCUGCCAGGGCACCAGGCUCUGUCCCAACGGUCAGCCCAACCCAUGCGACGCCAACGCCGAGUGUGUUGUGCAGAGAGACGGCAGUAUUAGCUGUGUGUGUGGUGUUGGUUGGGCAGGCAAUGGCUAUAACUGCGGAAAGGACACUGAUAUUGAUGCGUAUCCUGACGAUAAUCUUAACUGCCCAGGAAACAACUGUAAUAAGGACAACUGUGUGUUUGUUCCAAAUUCUGGCCAGGAGGAUGCCGACAGAGACGGGAUGGGCGACGCCUGUGAUGAGGAUGCAGACAGCGAUGGCAUCAUUAACAUAGACGACAACUGCUGGCUGGUUCCUAAUGUGGACCAGAAGAACAGCGAUAAGGAUCUCCAUGGCGACGCCUGUGACAACUGCAGAACAGUGGAAAAUCCAUCCCAGAGAGACACAGACAACGACGGGCUGGGAGACGACUGUGAUGACGACAUGGACGGGGACAAUUUGAAGAAUGAUGUUGACAAUUGCCCACAAGUGGCUAACUCGGAGCAGAAAGACAAAGACAAUGACGGCGUGGGAGAUGCCUGUGACAGCUGUCCUGACAUGGCUAAUCCCAACCAGUCAGACUCGGACGAUGACCUCGUAGGAGAUACUUGUGAUGACAACAUCGACACUGAUGGAGACGGCCAUCAGAACACAAAAGACAACUGUCCCAAUGUCAUCAACUCCUCUCAGUUGGACACAGACAAGGACGGCAUGGGAGACGAAUGUGAUGACGACGACGACAACGACGGUGUCAAGGACGAUGAGGACAACUGUAGAUUGGUAGCCAACCUAGACCAAAAGGACUCGGAUAACGACAACGUGGGGGACGCGUGCGAAGGCGACUUUGACAAAGACAACGUCAUUGAUGUCGUCGACCACUGCCCAGAAAAUGCAGAGGUCACCCUGACGGAUUUCAGAGCCUAUCAAACCGUGGUCCUGGAUCCGGAAGGGGACUCGCAGAUCGAUCCCAACUGGGUGGUUCUCAACCAGGGGAUGGAGAUAGUCCAGACCAUGAACUCCGACCCCGGCCUCGCUGUAGGCUACACAGCCUUCAGUGGCGUGGACUUUGAGGGAACGUUUCACGUCAACACCGUGACUGACGACGACUACGCCGGCUUCAUCUUCGGUUACCAGGACUCCUCUUCCUUCUACGUGGUCAUGUGGAAACAGACGGAGCAGACCUACUGGCAGGCCGCGCCCUUCCGAGCUGUGGCCGAACCAGGAAUACAACUGAAGGCGGUGAAGUCCAAAACAGGACCUGGUGAGUAUCUGAGAAACUCCCUGUGGCACACCGGAGAUACUCCAGAGCAAGUUCGUCUCCUGUGGAAAGAUCCCAGGAAUGUGGGAUGGAAGGACAAAGUGUCCUACCGCUGGUUUCUCCAGCAUAGACCUCAAGUUGGAUACAUCAGGGCUCGCUUCUUCGAGGGCUCCGAUCUGGUGGCGGACACGGGUGUGAUCCUUGACACCAGCAUGAGAGGAGGAAGGCUGGGCGUCUUCUGCUUCUCCCAGGAAAACAUCAUCUGGUCCAAUCUGAAGUACAGAUGCAAUGACACCAUUCCUGAUGACUAUGACCAGUUCAGUGCCCAAAACAUCAACUGAAGGCUGGGAUAAAUCAUAAAAUCUCACUAGGUGCCAUCAUGUGCUUUAUUUUUUUUAAUUUUUUUAAAGAACCUAAUGAAGUGUGUGUUAACAGGUACUGAAUGUGUUUGCAUUAUCCAGUGCAGUGUUAUCAUCUGAACAUUAUAAUGAAGAUGUAAUAAAAUAAGCGCUCAGUUCGA